AUGACAGUUUUGCGUAUCGUCAAUAACACAUGGUUUAGAGUUCCCAUACGAAGCUAUGCUACCAAGAAGGAUGUGCUACAAGAAUUGAGGAAUAGAGGACUCAUUUCACAGGUCACAGAGCCUGCAAAUAUCUUAGGAGGAUUAUUUGCUGCGGGAACGCGAUUGAAGUUGUAUUGUGGUGUUGAUCCUACUGCCAAGUCCAUACAUUUGGGCAAUCUUGUCCCUAUGAUGGUUCUAUUGAAUUGUCUAAUCAGAGGACAUGAUAUUGUUACUUUGGUUGGUGGUGCGACAGGGGCUAUAGGUGAUCCAAGUGGAAGAAGUGACGAGCGUCAGAUAAUGAGAGAUGAGACAAGACUGAAUAACGUUUCACAAAUUGAGAAACAAUUAAAGAGAUUUUUCGAAAAUGGGGUUAAAUACUAUGAAUCUGUAAGAGAGCGUGAGUCUUUAGAUAAAGUAUCCGCUGGGAAGCAUUAUACGGUAGAUAAUCUGACUUGGUGGAAAAGUAUCAAUAUGCUAGAUUUUCUGGCACAAUAUGGGAGGCAUAUAAAAGUCCAAUCUAUGCUUUCUAGGGAGUCAGUUUCUGCCAGAUUAGAAACAAAUAAUUCUUUGGGUUUCAAUGAAUUUACCUAUCAAAUAUUACAGGCUUAUGACUUCUAUCACCUUUAUAGCGAGAAGAACACAAGAAUACAAGUAGGUGGCAACGAUCAAUGGGGGAAUAUUACCGCAGGAAUCGAUCUAAUAACUAGAAUAUCGCCAAAUGCAAAAAAGGAACCACCAUUUGGUAUUACGGUUCCCUUGUUAACGACGUCAAGUGGACAGAAGUUCGGUAAAAGCGCUGGAAAUGCCAUAUUUAUUGAUCCAACGAUAAAUAGACCCUACGAGAUUUAUCAAUUUUUCUAUAAUACUGUUGAUGCAGAUCUUGGAAAUUUCCUGAGAAUAUUUACCUUACUACCUUCCUCCAAAAUAGAUUUUAUCAUUCAGGAACAUAGUAGAACCCCUGCAAAACAUAUAGGCCAAAAGUGGUUAGCGAGGGAAGUCACACAUUUGAUUCAUGGCAAGAAAAGUUCCGAAGAGGCCGAAGUAGUAUCAAAUAUCUUAUUUGGCAGUGAGAAUUCAUUUAGUAUAGAAGCAUAUUCAUCAGAGAAGUUGAUGACGAUAUUUGAAAAUGCCGGAAUUUUACAAAAGAAGUUGAAAUCACAAGAUCUAACACAUUUACUGGUUUCAUUGACAAAUUGUUCCAAUAAUGAAGCUCGUCGGAAGAUUAACGACGGUAGUAUAUAUCUUGGGCCCAAUAGGACAAAAGUCAAUGAGAAUGUCCAAAAUUGGAAGCCACAUUUAAUUAACGAUGAGUUGCUACUGUUGAGAGUCGGGAAACAAAAGUGCUUUGUUAUUAACAUGUCGUAG